AUUUAAUGGGAAAUUCUAAUCCAAGGAGAACCAAUUGCCUUAAGCAUGACAGAAUGAAACUUGCCACAGUUAGGAAAACUAAUAGCCCUAACUCUGAAGUCUUUGACUUGUUUGUGUCAUAUGAAAAGGACAAAACUUGCAAUGAAUUAGGACUAGAUUUUAAGGAAAUUUUCACCCUUCCAAAGAACAUGCGCCACCAGAAUACAACAUUUGCUGGGGCCGGGAUCCAGAUUGAAUGUGACUUUCUGAUAAAUUUCGAAUCAUUUUUAACUGUAACCAGAGAAAUUCCAGAAUUUGACUCAUUAGCUGAGAUAACCCGAUCACUUGAUCAAGAUGAUAUUUUUCCUGACACUCCUCAGGAGCUGAAAUUAGUGCUAAUUCAUUCUAAUCUCAAGCAAGAAGUUUUGUAUUUUGAUGUUAUUGAGGAACUGAUCAGGACAGAAACAGUAUUGACUAGCCUAAAUAAAUUUAAAGAUAGACAUCUAGCUGUACUCGUGAAUCCAAUCUCGGGGAAACAAAGAGGGAGGAGAUAUUAUAGGGAUAUUCUUGCUCCCACUCUCAACAUAACAGGGAUCAAGCAUGACCACUUUGAAACAGACUCUGAGACAUACAUUGAGACAUGGGUUGAUCAGUUUAGCAACAAACCAUUCCCAUACACUGAUAUUAUUUUAAUCGGAGGAGAUGGGCUUUUUAGCCAGCUGAUCAACUCAAUUUUAAACAAUCCAGAUUGCCAAGAUAUCAUAAAGACUCCUAUUGGGUUGCUCCCUGCUGGAUCCCAGAACGCUACUUGCUGUGACUUGAAAGGCAAGGAUGUAUACCAAGCAUGCAGGAAUAUUGUUAGGAGACCUACAGUCCAGUCAGAUAUAAUGAAAAUUCAAUUUUCGGACAUGGAUUCUCCAUUAUAUGCGACCGUCAUUUUAUGGGGGGUCCUUGGAGAUGUAGUAAAAUAAUGCUGAAAAACUCAGGAAAUAUUUUAAAUCUGCCAGAUAUACUGUCUCAGCAGCAAAAAUGAUGCUGUCUUCCUGCAGAAUGAAGACAUAUAAGUGAAGCAUUAAGUUUAGGAGUGAUUUCAUUACGGCUGAAGACUCCGGUGAGAAUCUUCCUAAAGUUGAAGAAACUAAAGAAAAUGAUGUAAUAGAGGGCACUUCAUUUACCCAAAACGAAUCCAAUAAAAUUGAAGAAAAAUCUUGGAAUGAACAUCCAGAUUCUGAUCUAUCUUUUCUUGGGCUAGUAACUCAUGAAUGUAGAAGCUCUUUAAGCAAGAAAGAAAGGUUUAUGCCUCCUAGUAGGUUCAACGAUGGAAGAAUAAGCCUUGCAACUUUAAGGAAAUGAGGGAAGAUCAAACUUAUCCAUUUCAUGAAAAAGUUCUCGAAGGCUAAGCAUCUUGAUUUUGAGAAAUUUAAUGGGAUUGAAGUCUCUGAAGUGCAGAUCUCACCUGGCACCAGAUCUUGGUUCAAUAUUGAUGGAGAAAUCUAUGAAAAUGAUGAAGCUAAUAUUAAGCUCUUGCCUUCCUUUCUUACAAUGAUUGGAAAUGUCUAUGAUAAAUAA